CUCUUCAUUGUCCUCUUACUAAUGGAUGAGCCCAGUGUCCGCUCCCCACCUUUCAAGUUGGGCCUAUUUUUAGCCCCUCGUGUGCCUGGCUGAGGGGAUGCGUGAAAGUGGGGACUGUGUGUGUGUUUGCAGAUACUGGCAGUGACAGAAUGAAACGAGACUGAAGGGGUGCUAUAGUUUUAAAAUGACCGUGUUGACAGAGAACAGACACUAAUAAAGAUGAUGUAAAUGGAAAUAGGUGCGUUUGUGUUAGGGAAAGACCCAAGAGAUCAGUAAAUCUGUAUGAUUGAUGUUUACUAAAACCAGACUGGCACAAAUCAUCUGGUGAUACAUGAAAGAAAUACACAAAGAAAAUGACUUUUGUUGAUAAAAAAUGCUGGAGUGUUACUUGACACAGGAGCCACAAUACCGCUCAGCAGGGGUAGAAUUUGAAUUAUGAUGCAGGGAUAGUUUAUCUAAUAAGAAAUGAAUGUACUUGGUUUAUUUCUGGCACUUUGGAAAAGGCUACAUUCUGACCUCCUGAUGUUAUUUUUUGCACGUGUCCGUAUACGAGGGAGAAAUGCGUGGGAGGGAUGUUGCAUUGGAAUUGUGAUGGGAAUAGAAGGAAACGGGUUUUACAUUAGAAAGACAGUGUUGAGAGAGUCUGAAGGCAGUGCAUUUUUCAUAUUUGUGAGAUAUUGAAAGGUGGGUAUGAGCGGGGUGAAGGAGUGUAUGGAUUGACAAGAAAAGGGGAUGCCUUUCUCUGCUCGUGCACCGACAUCUGCUCACUGGCUAGAGCCGAGGGUGGGAGGAGUUUGAGUGUUCCUGCUGCAGCAGAGAGAGGGAGGGAGAGAGGGAAGGAAGGAGCGAGGAUGCAUCAGUGCCACAGAGGAGAGAGAGAGAGACCGCUUUCUGCAUCACACCACUCUAUCCUUCAUUUACAUUCCAGACGCUGGCUCCUCUCUGGAGAGCCCCUUCUCCGUUUGAAAUGCCAAUCACCACUUGCUGUUCCUUCAUCCUCGAUCACACACACUUCCUCCACGUUGAUGUGAGGGAGCUGGGUGCCCGGCACGCGCAGAAGAGGUUCCCUGGUCUUUGUUCGACUGCCGACUGAAGUUGCUGCAAAGACAUCAGACUGUGGAUUACGUCUUUUUUUGGGGAUUUGUAGGAAUAAACAAUUCUACUGCAUUAUUGUGAGGAAUCUGUAGCACUGCUUUGUUGUGGACUAAUGACUGUGUGAGAGCGACUGGGACUUUUGUGAUCAGAGUGGCAAGGACUCCGCUUCCUCUGCUUUUUUCCUUGUGCACGUCCUGUGCCGGCAGCUGCCUGCCCCGCUCCGGCGCAGCUGUGCUUCUCCCCGGAAAGGUGGGGGAACUGAUAAAAGAGUGGAGGGGGGGCAUUUAUGUCCUCUACUGCUGGGGUUUGAUCCGGAAUUUAAGAUAGACUCGCCACCUGCCCCCCACAACAGUCACUGUAUGAUCCAAUGUGUUUUACUCAGUAAGUGACUCUCCCCAGGAAACUGUCGCUGCAUGUGUGUGCCUUGGUGAAAGGAUUGCUGUGGACACUGAGGACUACCGGCUCAUGUUGCUGCUGAUAUGGAAGGCACCUGGCACGGACACCUCCCCCAUGUCUAUCAGGGGCAGCCGUACUGUGGGCAGCAAUAGCUAGGCCCCCAAGGAACUAGCACCCUAAUUGUGCGCCCAAGCGCACCCUGAACAAGAUGAACGCAACUGAGUUGAACUAUAGCACAGAACCCUUCUGCCUUCUGGACAUUGGCUACUCUCAGAUCUUCAACACCUGCCUGCUGGAAGUAGCUGUUAUUCUCUUCUUGACAGUGCUCAUCAUCUCCGGGAACCUGGUGGUUAUCUUUGUUUUCCACUGUGCCCCGCUACUCAGCCACCAUACCACUAGCUCUUUCAUACAGACUAUGGCGUAUGCAGACUUGCUGGUUGGGGUCAGCUGUCUUAUCCCCUCCCUGUCCCUCCUGCACCAUCUGGAGGGUCUGAAUGAAAAACUCACCUGCAUGGUCUUUAGCUACAUGGUCUGUGUGUUGAAGAGCGUCUCCAUGGCCUCUCUGGCAUGUGUUAGUAUUGACCGCUACAUUGCCAUCACCCGACCUCUUUCCUACACAGCUCUGGUCACACCCUGCCGUCUUCGCACUUGCAUUACCCUUAUUUGGCUGUACUCGGCACUCAUCUUUUUGCCCUCUUUUUUUGGUUGGGGUAAGCCAGGAUACCACGGUGAUGUAUUUAAAUGGUGCUCCUCCUGGGGCACCCAGCCCCUUUUUACCGCGUUUCUUGUUGCGGCCCUCUACGCACCGGCUGCUCUUACCGUUUGUUUCACCUAUGCCCAUAUCUUUCGGAUCUGUCGGCAACACACUCGGCAAAUCAGCGAGCGGAGAGCUCGCUUCGGCCCACAGGAUCCUGAGCCAGGUGAGCAAGCGUGCACGGACAAGCGCUAUGCCACCGUGCUCUUCCGUAUCACCAGUGUCUUCUACCUGCUUUGGCUACCCUACAUCAUUUACUUUUUAUUAGAGAGCGCAGGGAUAUACCACCACGCCAUUGCCUCAUUCCUGACCACAUGGCUGGCAAUUAGCAAUAGUUUUUGCAACUGUCUCAUCUACAGCCUGUCGAACAGCGCCUUCCGCAAAGGCCUGAAGCGGCUAUGCCUGCUUUGUCUGCAACGUAGUGACACCAAGAAGCCCCUGGGUGAUCCACCAGCACCUCCUCGCCCUGCUUGCCAUGUGUAAUGCCAUCUUUUGGCAAGAUAGUGAGCUUGAUGUUGAUGGCAAGGGUCUUGUCAAGUUAAAAGCAGAUACUGAAGAUUUGUUUCGGCAUCUGUGCACUGUCCCGAGUGUUCAGAAUGGGGCAAAUUGACAAAGGUCUGUUUUCCUGUAUGUGUAGUUGCAGGAUUACCUCGCAGCAAGAAAUGGACCUUUGACCUUGGUCAUUAAAGAUGAAGUGGACAGCUAUGUGAGAAUGGGCUAUUGCAGAUAUACCGUUCUCAGCAGUUUGCAGCCACGAUAAAUGAGGAAAGGAGAAAAAUCUCAUUCUGCGAAGACAGAAUUGUGAUUGUAAAGUCUUUAGAUUACAUCAGUAGCUACUCUUGUAGGCUUUGUGGACUGUUGACUUUUAGUUCUGCCCGUGUGGUCAGCACAGUGAGAACAAAUAGUCUCUGUUUCUCCUGAUAACUGGCUCACAUUUGUUUAUAUGUAGAGAAAAAAGACAGAUCCCUGCUCUGGCUGAUCUAAAACCUUAAAUAUUAUAGACUAGAUGUUAAAAUUAUCUUCUGGACAAAGACUCUGCAAAGAUUAAAAGCAUUUCCAAGGGCUGACCUAGUUUCGGACUCAUGAUCUUGUUUGUGUUUUUACUAGUAAUAUCCAAUACUUGCCUCUGGGUUUCUGAGGAUAAUCUGAUGACUACUCUGCUCUCAAUGGAAAAAUCUGCUGUGUUUUUUGUCUUUGAAUCUGCAAAGACUUGACCUUCAGCAAUCAAGAUUGGAAUUUUUCAAAAGCCGUUUUCCCAAAGAGCAGAAGUCGACCCCAGCCCCCGAGCAAUGCCACGAUUACAUGGACUUCCCAUUUUCUGCUUAUUUAAAGCCAUGAAGGGAUUACAUAACCACGCCUCCAGUCAGAGGACAUCAUCCUUAAAAAACACAGUGAUACAACAGCAAACGGACAACCUAUUCUGCCUGACUCUUCUCUAAACAUUGAUCACACUGGAGAUGAACUUCCUAACUGGAUCCCGCAAGAUCCCCUCACUCCUAGCAUCAACUCUUAUCAAGUCAUUUUGAAAAAAUCUAUUCGACUACUUGGAGUAUUUAAUUUGAUUCAACUCAGAUUUAAAUUUGAUUGUAAUGUCUGCUGGACAGAAAGACUCUUGGACUUGCCCUCUGCCCUGAAGUGUCAGUCAUGUGCAACUUGCCAUGCUUGGUUCGUUUCAGCUGGUUACAGUGUGUUUUAGUAGUAGGCAUGAAUGGUUAAGGGGAAUGGGGAACACCUGUCCAAUCGCACAAUCACACUUAAAAUAUUGUAUAAUGCAGUUAAGCACAACACAGAAACACAUGACCAUAACAGAUAAUUCCAUCACAGGGUCCUUAAGAUGAACAAGGCCGUAGUGGUAAAGGUCACUGAUGUGGGCAAGAAUGAAAAAGAUUGUUGUAUUCAAAUUCAGACACACAGACGGUCAGAAGAAAAGCUACUGAAACCGAUAUCAAGAUGAAUGAUCAAGUGAAUGAUUUGGAAAAGUCCUACAUGUGCUCACACACGAAAAAACGGAACAACUGCAUUUUACUGCGCUGUACUAUUUAUCUUUAUGACACAGAUACAUGUACAUAACUCAUAUGUGGAGUUGCCAAGAAAAUCAAGGGCAUUGAAAAUGAUGCCCUUUGUCAUUUUUUUCAUGCUGUGACUAUGAUCAUAAUUCAUUCAUUUGGAUGGUACUGUUAAAAAAGAUUUCUUAUGCAGAUAGCUUCGUCUUCAUAGCUGACCAAAGUAACAAUAUUUAUUGGUGUUCUCUGAUGGAAUUGUUAUUUUUAUUUUUUAUAUAUAUAUAUAUAGAGGAACCACAAAAUGUAUUAAGAUUGAAAAUACUUGUUGUUGAAUGGAUUGAUUGUUUGUAGUAUGUAAGAUGUUUAUUAUACAGAAACAGUCUGCAUUCCUCUUUGUAUUUAAACUAAUAGUAUUUAUGACCUUUACCUUCUCUUAAAUUGUUUUAAGAGAAUGUUUUCCAUUGAAGAGGGUUAUCGUGGCAUAUUCUCAAACCUUUUUUUGUAUGACACCAUGGAAAAACACAUUUUAUCACCAAAACCAGUAGUGUGACUGUCAGAAAUGGAUCUUGAAAUGGUUUUUAUGCCACGUCACUUCAGUUAAAGACUGAAGACUUGCUUUCAUAAUUGUAAUACUGUGACGUGACGAAGUGUCUUAUGACUUCAAAAACAUGUCUCUUUAGGUCACGUGUAAAUCUGAACUGCCAUGUCAUGGCAGGGCGCUGUGCAAUACUUCCACUCACUAGACAGAGAUGGAGAGCGAUAGAAAACAUAUCACACAUAAGAGAAAAAGGGCUUUUAUUUUUUCCAAGUGUCCCAGCUUGUUUGUUCAAAUGUAGAUCUUGAUCUAGAGGCCUCUGGCCAUGUGCUGUUUUUGAAACAGAGCUGAAAGAAUUUGUGUAUCUCAGUUUAGCCUUUUACCUAUCCGUCGCUUUAUUGAUCGCACAUGACCGUGUGCGUGCGCACACGUGCAUGGAUGUGUGUGCGCAAAGCAGAACAAAGGCGCAUGUCUAGUCAAAGAACUCGGUUUUUAGCAUUCGUCUUGAUUGCUGUUUGGACUCAUUAAAGCCCCUGGAGCUCUUGACUCACUAAAGACUGCUUGCCUUAAGAAACCUUCCCUGCGUUCACCUAAAAGAAUCAGGCUAAGAAUUGAAGGUCAUGCUUGAGAAGCUGUCUAUCUUGUGUAUUAACCAUUUGGAUAGGUAAAAUUUUGAGAAACCGUCCAUUUGUUGCUUUCGAUUCUGGUGUUUUUUUUCCCUCAUUGGUCGCCAGUUUAUUCUUUCUAUAAAAAUGAAAUUGAGGUUGGGUUUUCUGCUUAAAUUGCUGUGGAAAUCCAAAUCUUGAAGCAUGCUUAUCUGUAUUUUCAGAUGCUGUAGAUAUUGAGGUUAUUUCUGCUUUCUGAAGGAUAUUAUGAUGGUACUUGUGUCAUGGGUAAACCUGGAAGAAAGAAAAAAUUGCAACUUUUGAGACGUUUUAUGCCAGAGAGCUUUUGUUUGUUUUUUGUUCUCCUUAUGAUGCCAAAGCAUUCUUUUUUUUCUUUCCUGUGGGAAAACUGCUCUGUUCUUGAAAUCAAAGUCAAGGGCUAACGCUCUCAAGGGAGAAAAUCCCCCAAGAUGAUGCUCUCCGCUGUGCCAUAUUAGGACGCAGGACCCAGUUGGCCCCUGCCAUUGCAGAAAAUGGAGGGCUGAGCUGGAACAGUGUGUGUUUUCUCCCCGUGCACACAAACACACACACACACACACACACACACACACUCUUUUCUCUGUAACUUGCUAAGCAUCUUUAUUGAGUUUGUUCAUGUAUGUUUUACCAAUCCUGUUAAAUUGCUGAGCCAGGCUCCUUAAUGAAUUGCUCAUGAUCUUGCCCUUCUGUAAAUGGGUCCGGUUUUUAUGUGAUUAACUGGAGAGAUUUUUUAUUUUUAUUUUUUGUCUUUCACCUUAUUGCAUUCCAAAUUGCAUUUCACUUCUUAGCGUAAGCGAACACUUUUUGCAAGAGAAUAUGAAAGCACUGCAAAGUUUUUGUGAUUAACAACAGUUGCUUGGCUGAAAGAAAACUUGAUUCUGCUUCUCCAUAUUUUCUUCAGCAUAUCAAGUUGUCUGGUGUGUAGGGCUGUAGCUGAGGUACUAAUGUGGUGUACCGCAAAUUUUGUAAUGAUGUCAUGUUUUAGAAAAUAAUUGUCAAUAAUAUAUUUAUAUUCUGGUAUAUCUGCACUGAGGAAAUAAAUGUGAUCUU